AUGUCACAGCUGAGCAUUGUGAUUGGCAAAGAUAGAAUUCAAGGAAAAUUGGUUGCAACGAAUAAAUGGGAAUUCUGGUUCGGUUCAAAGAAAUUUACUAUCGAUUCUUCGAAUACAACAGACGAUGCUGUUGAAGUGCUUUUGAUGAAGUCGACGAUUCUAAAAGGAAAGGAACUUCAUCCUAAUAUAUGGACAGUUGAAUAUUCAUUUUACGGAUCUUCAGCAUGGGGUUCUGUUUCUAUCUGUAAUGUGUUAUCUCUAAAUGCUAUGAAAACAAUAUCAGUUGAUUUUCGAACGCUUUAA